UUGUAUUGCCACCCUGAGCACUGCAGUAUUGAUACGAAUUUUGACUACAUUUCUGAUGGUGUGUUUUGCUGGGUUUAACAUGAAGGAAAAGAUAUUUAUUUCUUUUGCAUGGCUUCCAAAGGCCACAGUCCAGGCUGCAAUAGGCUCUGUGGCUUUGGACACAGCAAGAUCGCAUGGAGAGAAACAGUUAGAGGAAUAUGGAAUGGAUGUGCUGACAGUGGCAUUUUUGGCCAUCCUCAUCACAGCCCCAGUUGGAAGUCUCCUCAUUGGUUUAUUGGGCCCCAGGCUUCUCCAGAAAGCUGAAUACCAAAAUAAAGAAGUUCAAGAAGAGGCUUCUAUACAAGUUUAAAGGUGAAAAGAGAGAAUGCUGAACAUAAUGAUUGGAAAGCUGUUACCAGAGGCUGCAUUUAUCAGGAGGGAUAUUGAAACAUGGGAUGUUUAAAUUUAAAAAUGUAAUAGGAUCAAGUGUGGCUAUUUCCUUAAACAGCAUUUUAAGUGAUUACCCUUCCCAUGUGGGUGGUAGUAUUCUACAUCUCCAAACCUGAUUUCUACCUUCUUUUUUUUCCAAACACCAUCUCAUGUCUUAAUUUGCAUAGGUACAUACAAUGUGCUACCACAAUUUAAAAUUCGCUUGGGAAAGGCCAGGUUCAGUGUCCUGUUCUGCUAGCCAACAGCUUACCCAAACUUACUGUUACUGCUAGUUUCAUGAUUCAU